UUUUGUUCUAUUUUUGUGCAGCAAGUCGGCACUGGGUGGUUACCAAAUACCUUCUUCUUUACUCCUUCCUCUCUCUCAUCCCGGCCCUUCUCCCCACCACCACAUAGCGUGGAGUACAGUUCAUCUCUUCUUGUAUCUUUCAUAUACAGUCAGUGCUCUCUUUGACGGAGAGGUUCUUUAUAGUUAGUCUAUAGUUCACAAUGAAGGAGUAUAAGGUAGUGGUUCUUGGCAGUGGAGGGGUGGGGAAGAGUGCUCUAACCGUCAGAUUUGUCGCUGGUCAGUUUGUAGAGAAGUACGAUCCUACGAUCGAGGACUUCUACAGAAAAGAGAUAGACAUGGAUGGAUCUCCGACAGUCAUUGAGAUCCUCGAUACAGCAGGUACCGAACAGUUUGCUUCGAUGAGGGACCUCUACAUAAAGAACGGACAAGGUUUUCUACUGGUGUACUCGAUCAUAAACCAGCAGUCAUUCAUUGACAUCAAGCCGCUAAGAGAUCAGAUUCUACGUGUAAAGGGUGUCCAGAAUGUCCCUAUGCUACUAGUCGGUAAUAAAUGUGAUUUGGAGGCUGAGAGGGCUGUCACUCCGAUGGAUGGGAACUCGUUGGCUACGUCUUGGGGCUGUCCCUUCUUUGAGACUUCAGCUAAGACCAAGAAAAACGUGGAGGCCAUUUUUGUCGAGGUUGUACGAGAAGUGAUCAAAACAAAGUCAAAAAAAGGCGAUGGAGGAUGUUGUACUUUAUUAUGAAUCAAA